UCGUAUGAAGAUUUUAGAUGCCGUUAGGACAAGCGUUCUGUCUCGUAGAUGGAGAUAUUUGUGGACGCUUACGAAUCUGAAGUUGGAGUUUAACGAUAGGGAUAUCACUACCAAUGGAAACAAAAUUAUGACAAAAGAUAAGUUAAGCUUCUUCAUUUCUCAAGUUUUACGACGUUCGCAUAAGUCUCCCAGUGUUGAAACUCUGAUUAUUCGUAUUCGUAUUCGUGAGAAAGCUGAAAGUCGUGGUGUUUUUAGUUCCAUUAAUACUUGGAUAAACCGUGUUAUUCUUAAGGAUUUAAAGAGAUUGGAAUUGGAUUUGUCCGUACCCGGUACAUCUCCUUGCAAUUAUGUAUUUCCUGAUCUUGGGUAUUUGUUAGUACCAUUUCCUCGUUACAAGUAUUAUUGUGGUUUGAUUGACUCCGGUUGUUGUUCUGUUGCUUCCUGCCUAAGAUCCGCUAAUGGAUUUACCUCCCUAAGAUCCAUUAAAUUGGUCGAUGUUUCUAUCACCGAUGAGGUCGUUGGGUAUUUUCUUUGAGUCUUGUCGUUAUAUUGAAGAUUUGUGCAUAAGGGGCUCGAAUGCCACGAAAGAUCUCAAAUUUGUUGACCCUUUGCCGUAUUUCAAAGUAUUGGAAAUAUCCGACUGUUGCAACAUCGAGAGCCUGUUGAUAUCGGUUGAAAAUCUUGUCUCGUGUACGUACCAAGGAAAUCAAAUCGGUUUGCCGUUCAAGAAAGUUCCGAAUCUCUCCGAGCUUACUCUUGGUGGGGCGUUUUGUGAGUCGUUUGUUUACGAACCUAACAAACAUUCGAGCUAUUCAACUCAACUGUCAAAGCUUGUGUUGAAUCUUCACACUGCGGUACGUUUGCAUUCAUUUAUAUGUCAGUCGCAACAAUCACUCACUGACAUUUUCAUCGCCCGAUUUUUGUCUUUUCAGAGUGCUUUGGGAGAAAUUGUUCCUCGUGAUUUGCCUCAGUUGUACGCUCUCAAGCGGCUGGAGUUGAGUAUUGUGUCACGAGUUGGUCGAAGCCUUCUCUUCUUGACAUCAUUGAUUAAAGCCUCUCCUCAACUGCAAGAGUUCAAAAUCAAGAUUAACUACAUAGUGCCUUGCUGUAAGCCUUUCGAUUCAUUGAUUAGAAGACAUAUGCCAUUCCCUGAAGUAACGGCAGUAGAGGCGAAUGUGUUCGAACACGAAAAUCUAAAGGUGAUUGAAAUGGUUGGGUAUUGUGGGUGUGCAAGUGAAGAUGAAUUCAUCGUGAGUAUUUGUAAAAUUGCUGCCACAUCACUUGAGACGGUGAUUAUAGAUACAGACUGUGAUUAUUAUCGGGAUGUUCCAAAUUUCAAACAAUUACUCAUAAUGUAUAAACCGAGAGAUGGCAAAGUGCCGAUUAUGAAAGGGGUAAAGACGGGGACGGUUGAUCCUAUAGAGCCUACGGAGAACGGAAAUUUGAAUCCGUUUGACGCCAAGAAACAUGCCGAGAAAUUGAUUUCGAGUUUUCGUUCGUUGGAAAUAAAAAAAAUCGUACGGUGA